AUUAUUUGCGGGUGCCAAGAAUCCAGCGCGGGGGGGCGGGGUAACCUGGAUUAAAAUCUUGUUGACGCUCCUGCGAAAGAACACCAACGAGCUACUUGUUAUGCAACCCAUCGCAUUUACUGGUAGGGUAUCCUGCACAAAUAAAUGACGUAACGAUUCCCGUUAAGUGCAAGGGGCAUGUACUGUAAAUAUAUUCUCCUGUAUCGCGUUUGGAUAGGGAAACGUUUCACGAACUUGAGCUCGGACACAGCCAUGUUCCAGCUGCUGCUUCUUCCCUUCCUGCUGCAGGCUGCAGGCACGGGCGGCGCAGACGUAUUGGAUUACCUGGUGACUGUCACCUCGCAAACCGUGAGCGGAAGCACAGAGACAGUAUGCGUCCACCUGGAGUCUCAGAUGCCUGUGACGUUCAACAUCUCACUGCUGAUGGAGGGUGACGACACUGUCGUCUUAAUGGAGGAGGUGGCAGCUCACCCUGUCUUCCGCUGCGUGCCUUUCCAGGUUCCUGCUGUGUCCUCUCCCAGAGUAGCCACCUUACGUGCCACUUUCAAGGGACCCACUGAGAUUGUAACAGAAAAUACCAAGAUCUUUAUCAUUCCGUCUGGCAGCCUCCCCAUCAUGCAGACUGACAAACCAAUCUAUAAGCCUGGACAGGAAGUCAUGUUCCGAAUUGCAACAGUGGAUUUCAGUUUUUUGCCCCUGAACCAGAAGUACCAAACUGUGGAGUUGAAGGAUCCCAACCACAAUCGUAUUGCUCAGUGGUUAAACCAGUCAGCUGCCAGCGGGAUUCUGGACUUCUCCUAUCGCCUGAGUGCUGAGUCGCCUCAGGGCAGUUAUGUCUUCACCGUCUGGGACGAAGCAGGCAGACAAGCCUCCCAGUCCUUUGAAGUGCAAGAGUAUGUUCUACCCAAGUAUGAGGUAAAAGUGCAUCUUCCUGCGUUUUUGCAUGUUCAAGACACUAAGGCAGUGCUGAAAGUUUGUGGAAAAUACACCUAUGGAAAGCCAGUCCUAGGAUCAGUUAAGGCAAAAGUGUGUCUGAAGCUCAAUCGAUGCAUGAAUCGAUGCAUGACAUACAACAUGACAACUGACAGGGGGGGAUGUGCCUCGCAAACGCUGGACAUACCUGCAUUGAGAAGAGGAGUACUUGGAAACACCCGGAAUCUGUAUGUCGAGAGUGAGUUAGAGGAGUCUGGGACAGGAGUGAUCCUGAAGGGGGAGGCCCACUCGGUGAUAUUCCGCAGCACUGACAUGGAAAAUGUGUUGUUUGAGGAGGCACCGCCCACUUUCAGACGAGGAAUCCUGUAUGAAGUCAAACUGAAAGCAGUCGGAGAGGCCCUUUCCCCAAUGGCCAAUAAGGUUGUUAACCUUCGAGUGAAUUAUGGAGCGAUAUCUGAGACCUGGAUGCAGAGAACAAACAGCGAAGGCAUUGCCUUUUUCUCACUGAACACUUCCCACUGGACGCAAGACCGUGUCAAACUCCGGGCCCGUCCCCAAACAUGCCCGUCACGGAUUUGCAUCCGUGAGAAGACUGUCAAGGCAUUUUUUUCAAAGAGCAACAGCUAUCUGAAGAUCAUGGUGGUCCAGGGGAAGCUUCCAUGUGAUCAGGAAGGACUUGUCCGGGCAAACUACAUCAUCCAGAGCACAGCACUGCAGAAGGGCCAGGAGUCACUGUACUUUUACUACUUGGUAUUUUCCAGAGGCCACCUUGUGCAGAAUGGACAGCUGGAAAUAGCAGUGAAGGAAGCAGAAGUGAACACUGGUGAGCUUACUGUCCCACUGAGGCAGAUAAGAUCCUGGGCUCCCUAUGCCCAGCUGGUGAUUUACACGCUGCUGCCCACUCAGGAGAUCGUGGCAGACAGCUACAGUGUUCCCAUCCAGAAAUGCCUGAAUAACAAGGUGUCCCUCAAGUUCCCCUCCCUCCAGCAGCUUCCAGGGGAGGAGACGUCACUGGAGCUGACGGCUCACCCGGGGUCGCUGUGUUCGUUGAGGGCCAUCGACCAGAGCAUGCUUCUGAUGGCACCAGAACAGGAGCUGACUGUGGACUGGAUGUACAGUCAGCUACCGCUGCAGAGGCUUUCAGGAUACAACUGGCGCGUGAAGGAUGACGUGAGCAGCUUCCUGUUUUACCAAAGAUCCCAUAAUGACAUAUACAGCGUCUUCAAGGAAAUUGGAGUAAAAGUCAUAACAAGUUACAUCGUGAGGACACCUGAGGUGUUGGGCAGAAGUCGAAGACCUGGCAUUAUUAUAGACCCAUCAUCAGACACAUUCAAGAAGAGGGGCAUGACCAGCAUGCUUGCCGUACAGUACGAUGAGGGGGUCGCAGAAGAACCGCCAGUGCAGACCAUCCGCACCUACUUCCCAGAGACUUGGAUCUGGGACCUGGUGCCAGUUGGAGACUCAGGUUCCGUGAAUGUGACGCACACCAUUCCAGACACCAUCACCAAAUGGGUGGCGGGGGCUUUCUGCACCUCCCCAGUGGGCUUUGGCCUGGCCCCCAGCGCCCAGCUCACUGCCUACCAGCCCUUCUUCGUGAGCCUGACGUUGCCUUACUCUGUCGUCCGGGGUGAGGUGUUCACCCUCAAAGCCUCCGUGUUCAGCUACCUCCCUAGAUGUAUCAUGGUUCAGGUGAGCCUGGCGGAGUCGGCUGAAUUCACGGCCCAAGCCUGCGAAGGCUGCAAGUACAAGCACUGUGUAUGUGAAGAAGAGAGCAGGACCUUUAGGUGGAUCCUGAAGCCUGCUGCUCUAGGUGAGGUGACCUUUGCAGUGAGUGCAGAGGCCCUGAGGACACAGGAGAUUUGUGGGAACGAGGUGGUGACCGUGCCCGAGAGGGGGCGUACAGACACGGUCGUCAGGAAGCUGCUGGUGGAGGCAGAGGGAACCAAAGAGACCGUUACCCAUAAUGCAUUGCUGUGCCCUGCAGAUGGUCCAGUAGAGAAAGACGUGUCUGUGAAACUUCCAGAAGUACAUGUCGAGGGCUCUGUCAAGGCCUUCCUUUCUGUGUUGGGUGACUUGAUGGGCCGGGCCAUGCAGAACCUCGACCGUCUGCUAGCCAUGCCUUUUGGCUGUGGGGAGCAAAACAUGGUGCUCUUUGCUCCCAACAUCUACAUCCUAAGAUAUCUGGAGACUACCAAGCAGCUGACCAAAAGGAUCCAGGAAAAGGCUGUCCGCUUCCUGGAGACUGGCUACCAGAGGGAGCUAAAUUACAAGCACAAUGAUGGAUCUUACAGUGCAUUUGGAAAGAGUGACCAGUCUGGCAACACCUGGCUCACCGCGUUUGUACUGAAGUCCUUCGGAGGGGCAGGUCCGUACAUCUUUGUGGACCCGAGACACAUCGACGAUGCUAAGCUGUGGCUACACAGGCAACAGAACAACAAUGGCUGCUUUAGGUCGGUGGGGAAGCUCUUGAACAACAGAAUGAAGGGUGGAGUCAGCGAUGAAGUGUCUCUGACUGCCUACAUCACUGCUGCUCUUCUUGAGAUAGACCGAAACGCCUCUAAUGUAGUGCUGGAGAAGAGCUUGUCUUGUCUGAGAGACGCCUCUGGCCAGCUGGAGAACCUCUACCUCACUGCCCUGCUCUCAUACACCUUCACGCUGGCUGGGGACCAUGAGAUGAGGAGCAAGUUCAUUAGCUAUCUAGCCAAGAAGGCGAAGAUCACAGGUGGUUCAUGUCAUUGGGAGCUGCCUGAUACGUCAGGGACAAAGACAGACUCCCUGGCAGUGGAAACGUCCUCCUAUGUGCUGCUGGCGCUGCUGUCUGGCCCCAUGCUUCCUGACUUUGGCCUCUCCUACGCAUCCAGCAUCGUGCGCUGGCUGAGCCUGCAGCAGAACCCAUACGGCGGCUUCUCCUCCACACAGGACACAGUGGUGGCCCUGCAGGCUCUGUCACUGUACAGCGCCACUAUCUUCAGCCCGGAGGGUGAAAGUACAGUGGUUGUGUCAUCGGCCGGUGGAUACAAGCAGGAGUUUGUAGUGAAUCAGCACAACAGGUUGCUGUACCAGGAGGACCGGCUGAUGGAAGUCCCGGGAGAGUACAGCAUCAAAGCGACAGGCCGAGGCUGCAUGUUUGUGCAGAUUGCUCUGCAUUACCACAUCCCUGCUCCUGCUGACUUCUCAGCUUUCAGCAUCACUGCCAAGGCAGAUGGGCUGUGCAACAGCUCAAGGAAGCCCUUGACAGUGUCUGUGGGAGUGAGGUACAAUGGGAAGCGGGAUGAAACUAACAUGGUGAUUAUAAAGGUGAAGCUCCUGUCUGGAUAUUCGCUGGACAAGCCUUCCCGUCAAGCUAUGCUAAGCCAGCCCAAUGUAAAGCGGGUAGAAGAGGAUGAUGGGCAUGUUAUCCUCUACGUGGAUGAGCUGAAGAAAAUGAAGUCCAACUUGUACACUCUGACCAUAAUGGAAGAUGUACCUGUACGGAAUCGAAAGCCAGCUGUGGUGAAGGUGUACGACUACUACCAGACAAGUGAUGAAGCUGUGAGUGAGUACAGCUCCCCUUGUGCAGACAGCCACGGCUUAAAUGAGCUGUAGGGUGGAUGGUACCGUGUUAUUGGAGAGCUGGGCCAGCCCCCUGGGAUGGUGCCGUGUGAUUGGAGAGCUGGGCCAGCCCCCUAACCAUGAUGCCUGACCAAGCAAGGAAGCUGAUCAACUGUGCAGGAGUUCUGAUGUUUCCAGCACUUUCUCUGGGUCUCCCCUCAGUGUUUAUGCUAAUAUAGAUACUAACACACCAGAGAUUUAUUUUAUUGAUUUUAAUGCUACUACAUUCUCAAUUAACAAAAAUACAUCUUUUGAAUGGUCCUUGAGGCUUCGUACUUAAACACAGUUAAGUAAAUGAUAUCAUUUUAGCAGCCAAUAUUUCACCCUGAUAGAUGUAGGUGUUUCAGGGAAACCAUUUAACAUUCUGGCAUUUGAUAUUAUUCAUAUUAAUUCAGCAGAUUAACCAGCGUUCACCUUAUGUUUUCACUGUAGACAGAGGCAUAUGAAUUGGUAAUUCAGUGUAAUAAAGUAAUAAAGCAAACCGUGUUCACAGGCUACUGGAGAGGAGUUCAGAUGAUGCAACAUUUAAAACUGUACCCAGUCAGUGUUGGUACUAAAUUCAAAUUUAAAAGUUACGACAGUUUUAUAUUGCAUACAUGUAUAAUGUUUUCCUAAGCAUGAGAGCUUCAGACGGCCCCAGCCGAACUUCUCCUGCAAUGCAUGUAGCUUCACAUUCAAACAUCCAGUUCAGCUUAACAAGGGCCGCACAAACAUGCUCAAAGUCAACAAACCGUGAUUACAAAAGAACUUCAUAUACAUGUAAAAAUACUACUAUCCCAGCAGACUUUAUGCAAGCUUUAGUCAAAUACUUGGAGCAAUCAUUAUGGUAUGAAAGGUACAAAUGAUCAUAUACAAGCAUGAAUUGCAUAGCUACAGCACUGCCAAGUACCAUUCUCAUACACCUGGUAUACAAAGUCCUAUAGAUUGCCAGAAAUGCAAUGCUGCUUCAGCAUCAAGAAAAGGGUCAAAGUUCAACUUCAGGCCCAAGGGCUGCAUUACAUCUUCUGUAACUGCUUGCAUACUUAAACCUGCUCACUGGUAACAUUCUCAGACAGCAAAAUCCCAUUUAUUGGUUAGAACUUGUACCAUUCUUUAAGGCAACGGAGAUGAUCCCUGAGUUCAUAUCAAGGCUUUGGUGGAUUGUGUUGUUUUUCGUUAAGGAAUGUUUUGUUGUUGCGUUUUUGUGUUGGGUGAGAGUUAAGGCACUGUUUUUUUACAUUUCAUUUGACUUCAGAACUCACUUUUUUCACCCAGGCAAAAUUUGUCAAGAAUGCUUUUUUUUUUUUUAAAUUACAGAAGUGUUACAAACAAAAGUAAAAAUAAGGUUUUUCCUAAAAUGGGGUUUUAGACCCUCGGAAAAGCAGGUCUCCUGCAGAUGCCAUGCUGAGUCUGUCACCUGCUGCAGCCUCAAAGAGUGAGGUGCUCUCAGGUCAUGAACUGUGUGUACCCUUCUGCACCCGUUACUAUGACGUCCAUCCAGAUGCGCAUGGCCUCCGAGGAUGGAGCCACCAUGUAGUAGAGCCGGUCAUGCGUCUUCACACAAAAGGUCAGUGCAGGAUUCGGGCUCUGAAAGCAAACCAGAAGGAGGCUUAGCUGAUGUUUACUGAUGAAGCUCACCAAUGCCGACACGACACCGAUGCCGACACGACACCGAUGCCGACAGGACACCGAUGCCGACAGGACACCGAUGCCGAGAGGACACCGAUGCCGAGAGGACACCGAUGCCGACACGACACCGAUGCCGAGAGGACACCGAUGCCGAGAGGACACCGAUGUCGGCACGACACCGAUGCCGAGAGGACACCGAUGCCGAGAGGACACCGAUGCCGGCACGACACCGAUGCCGAGAGGACACCGAUGCCGAGAGGACACCGAUGCCGACAGGACACCGAUGCCGAGAGGACACUGAUGCCGGCACGACACCGAUGCCGACACGACACCAAUGCCGACACGACACCGAUGCUGAGAGGACAACAAUGCCAACAGAACAACGAUACCAACACGGCACCGAUGCCGACACGACACCGAUGCAUCACCAGCACAUGCUGCUGCGGUACCAUGUCCAAGGUUGUCAAUAAACGCCAUUCUACUAUGAACAUUAAAUUAAACCUCUGCAUUUAAAAGAUA